UGCGGAGGUAUUGGCCCAUAUUCUGUCGGUCUGGUGUAAAUCCAGAAUGACUCGCUUGACUUCAAAGGAUCCCUGUAUAAACACCUGUCCUGCCCCAGAGGUGGCUGCAUUUCAAUGCUGACACCAUCCCAGGAUCCUUGUAUAAAGAGUUGACACAACCUACUCUGGGGUGGUGUCAUCUCAGUGCCGUCCUAGAGGGAAUGGGAGGGGUGGGCGGCAGUGUUAGGCAGUGGCUUAUGACAGAGACCCAGGUUCAAUUCCUGUCUCGGCUGUGGACUUCCUGUGUGACUGUGGCCACAGGAAGUGGCCCUUAGCUGCUCCCUGCCUCAGUUUCCCCAUCUGUGAAACGGGGAUGGUAAAGCUGCAGGAUAAAUCUGUUCAAGAGGGUGAGGCGGGUUGAGAUCUGGUAAAGAAGAAACGGGCAUCGUUGCUGUUACUUAUAGACGCGCUGGUGCGACUGAGAGCGGAUUUAGCCGAGAUCAGAAUCCAGCCCGAGUUUCCUUCCCCUUGUGGGACUCGCCCGCUGGCUGCAGUGCGGACAGGCUCAGCCCCCGAGUCAGAGGUUUCUCGCCGGCAGGCGAGACCAUGGCCCUCUGCGCUUGGCGUGCGUCACUUCAGGAGGGCAGCUCUGUGUGUCUAUCCCCAUUCUGCAGAUGGGAAAAUUGAGGCACGCAGCGGGAGGAGUGACUGGCCCCAGGUCAAAUUGAGAUUCAGUGGCAGACUUAAGAUGAGAACCCAGAAGUCCCAACUCCCGCCCUCCCCUGCUGUAACCACUAGACCCGACUCUCCUCCCAGAGCUGGGGCAAGCGCCAGCCGCCCUUCCUCUCCUCCGCCUAGGGUGCCAAUGCUGGAGCAGGCCGGGCGAGCUCCUGUCAGAGGCAGCAAGACCAGGCGAGCGGCAGGGUUACGAAACCCCUUCGGCUGCAAGACCGGAACAGACACAAACCAAACAGCAUCCUGGCUCGGCCUGCAGGGAGGGGCUGGGGGCUCUGGCGUCCCUUCCCAGUCGCGCAGGGACGGAGCCGGCGUCGAAACGGCUCUGGUGCCCGUGGCUGAGCUGUGGAGGGAAGGAGCAGCCUUCGCUCCUUCGUGAUCACCUCCCCCUCGCGCUCGUCCUCGCCGGAGAUCUCCCCGCCGCUGCUUCUCCCUGCCCCAGGUAAGAGCCCCCUGGCUUUGCUGCUUUCUUCCUUCGCUGGCUUUCUCCCGGCGGCGUCUGUCGGCAAAGGCCCUGGGCUGGGCCCAGGUGCCCGGGAGAUCUGGGUGAAGGGGUGUGGAUCGUGGAAAGAGGGCCUCAUCCGCAGCCCACGGGACUCCCAGUUGCUCCACUCGGGCAUCAGACAGAAGUCUAAGCAUCUCCGGCUGGAUGCCUACCAGCCGCAGGGCCCGUCAUCCGUCGUACGGCCAGCCGCACCAACACACAGCCCAAUCGGUGGGGUCCGACAUCUGUCAGCUCCCUCCCUGUAGCUCAGGCUCAGAGGCAGAGUGGCCCAGGGGGCUGGGAUUCAGGAGAGCUGGGUUCUGGCCUCGGCUCUGCUGCGUGACCCCCGGCAAGUCAUGGCUCCAUGCCUCAGUUUCCCCUCCCACCCUUUGUCUAUUGAGAGUGGAAGCUCUUUGGGGCAAGGGGCUAUCUCUUGCCCUAUGUCUGCACAGAAGCCAGGGCAAGGGGGUUGCGAUCUUGGUCAGCAUCUGUGCAGCACCGGGGCCCUGAUCUUGGCUGGGGGCCUUUUGGUGCUACCAUAAUGCACCUAAUAAAUUACAAACCAGUUGGUGAGCCCGAUCUCACUCACGCCCCCAGAGUCUCUCUGGGCGCACGCUCACGGGGGAGGCGAUGCUGAAACCCACCCAGAUGCCAGGGAGAGCGCAGGAACUGAAAUAGGGGUUGCCAUUACCCAGUGACUAAGCCUGGGGAUGAUUCCGCCUCCCCUGAUGACACGCUGGGCAGAUUGAAACCAGCGCUGGGUUGGUUUUGAAGCCCGGUGGCCCCCCUUUGGGAAUAUGGGCUUGCAGGUGGGAGGGGCGGGGUGGGGGGUUAAGGCUCCCUCGGGCUUGGCCGGGGAGCGAGCGCCCCAUAACUGGGCCCACGGAGGGGUCGGGAGAGGGCUGUUAACCCUUUACAAGCACACUCUAGAGACGGAUGUGCCAAGGGGGAUGCCAGGGAGUUUCAGGGGAGCAGGCGGCUCUCCGGGGCCAUGGAGCCAGGACUCAGUUGCGGUCCUGUCCAGGGCAAGGUUGAGGGGUGUUGGCUCUGUGUCGGGGGGAGCUCCCGCUCCAGCAACCAACAAAGGACUCCAGUCUCCAGAGAUGUCCAUCCCCUAUUUGAUGUAUGUGCCUGUAGCACUUAGAGGCCCCCGCUGGAAGUGGGGACCCCCAUUGCACCCCUGGAAGAGCUAGGCCCUGCCUGGAGGCGCUCCCAGGCUGAAUAGCCAAUGCCUAGGACCGGAAAGUGUCAGGCCGGGUCCGAUCCUACAGGGCUGUUAUCCCGCCCGUGGGCAGUGGUAGCGCCACGCGGAAUCACGGUCCUCCGGAAACAGGAGGUGUGCGUUGAGGAGAACUGACCCCCAGUGACAUACCCCAACACAGCUCGCGAGCCAGCUUUGUCUCUCUUGUUAACCAGGGGACAGGCCCCUGCUCGGACCUCUGUGCUGCACAGAGAGACACCUAGCGGCUGAAGGGGGUAAUGCGAGUGAGAGUAACACUGCAGCAGGCAGGGGGGCAACACCCCCCCACAAUGGUCCUUUACGCCCCCCCCCUCCCCAUUACAAAGUUGUCUCCUGCUUGCAGAGGGAUCUGGCACCUACAUGCAUCCUGGGACACGGGUUUCCGAGCAAGCCGCCUCUGCUGAUGGGUUAGUUACAGCUACUGGGCUAUAAAGGAUGCCUCACGUGUCUGCCGAAGAAGAUGUCGAUCCUUCGGGGGCUGGGGACAGUGAUAACCGCCCCCAGCGCCUGCUGCAGAAUGGCCAGUGCGAGGCCCCGGCGGGAGGCCAGGCCCCGGCGGGAGGCCAGCCCCCGCCCCCCCUGACGCUCCUAGACAGGCUCCUGCUGACCCGGGGGCUCUGGCAGUUGCUCACCCUGCGCCCGGAGCAAGCCACGGAGCUGCUAAGGAUACAGCCGCCUGGGACAUUCCUGGUGACCGGCGCGGGAAGCGGGGAGCUCAAGGCGCUGUCGGUGCAGAGCAGCGGAGAGGGAGCCGGAGCCGGAGGCGUCUGCUGUUUCCAGAUCAAGGAGGACGGCUCAGCUGUUUGCCUGGAAGGGUCCCAACUGCGUUUCCUGGGCCUACUGGAACUGGUUGCCUUCCUCUCCGUGAGCAGGGACGUGCUGCCCCUCCCGCUGGGGCUCCCAGCUACCUUGCAACACCUCGGCAGGGCCGAGCUGGACACCUGCGCGGCCCUGGGCAUGAGGUUCUGGAGUCCUCCCUUUAAGCCGUCGGCCUCAGGCAAGGAGGAGGAAGAGAACAUGGGGUCCAGCCCCGAGCCCCCCAACCCCCCGGAGAGGAGCCGUCCGGCCUGCUGCAUCCGGGUGACGUCGGAGGACGGGGCACUCUGCAUCAUCAACCCGCUCUUCCUGUCGGAGCACAGCAGCGAGGGCUGGCUCCCCGCCGGGGUGCUGCCCCCGUUCCACCCGCCCGAGAGAGGGGGCACCAUCCGGCUGAGGAACGGGCAGGGGCCCGGCCUGUUGGACAAGCCGCUGGCGCCUGCCGCCGCCGAGACGGACCAGCUGGGAGCCCCGGAGCCCGGGAAAGAGGGGGAGCAGGGCAAAGGUGAUGAUGCCCCCCCGGCCUCCGUGAAACGGAAGCUGUUGGUGCGCCGGCCGGCCUGGAACAUGUCCGAGGACUCGUCGUCCCCGCCGCCGGCCGAGCGGCAGGAGGGCCCGGCCUCCCCGCACCGGGUCUCUUGGAUCGAGGGGGCCUCGGACGCCCCCUGGGCGCUGAAGAAGUCCCACUCGGAGUCCUCGCUGCUGGGCCCCCGGGACAGCCUGCUCCUGCCGCCCAUCCCGGAGCUGGACUCGCUGUCGGUCAGCAGCGUGGAAGAGGAGGCCGACGCCCACCCGGCCACGCCCCGCAAGAAGCACCAGUCGGCGGCGCUGCCGGGCCGGGUCCUGCACCGGCUGUCGGCCGUGGGCAGCGCCCUGACCAGCUUCCUCUCGGCCGAGCGCCGGCUGGCCAAGCGGGUCCAGGAGCUGACGCAGGAGCCGGCCUCCUACGUGGGGGGCCUGGUGCAGAACUUCGUGGGGCACGUGCUGCGGGGCGGGGCAGCCCGGCACCCCACCAGCACCGACCUGCUGCAGGAGAUCCGCCAGAUGAUCAGCAGCCUCAAGGGCUACCUGUGUGAGAGCUCGGAGCUGCAGGACGCCUGGGAGUACGGGGACCUCGAGGAGCUGGACCUGGGCUCCGUGGUGGAGGCGGCCCUGUACAAGUGCGUCCUGAAGCCACUGCGGGACUGCAUCUACGGGCAGCUCCUGGACUUCCACAGCCGGGACGGGAGCCUGCAGAAGCUGCGCGAUCACCAGCUGACCAUGAGCCGCCAGAGCCUGGCGGAGCUGGGGGUGACGGCCAGCGUCCCCGACGCCCCGGCCCUCGAGCGCAUCCAGGCCAAGCUGCUCCAGAUGCACCAGGCCUACUCGCCCAAGAAGAAGGAGGCCCAGCUGCUCAAGGCCUGCAAGCUGAUCUACGAGGCCAUGAACCACGGCACGGGCGGCAAGGAGGUCUACGGGGCGGACGACUUCCUGCCGGUGCUGACCUACGUCCUGGUGAAGUGCGACAUCGUCUCGGUGCAGCUGGACGUGGAGUACAUGAUGGAGCUGCUGGACCCCAGCCAGCUGCAGGGAGAAGGCGGCUACUACCUCACCACCUGGUUCGGGGCUCUUUACCACAUCAGCAACUUCCAGUCAGCCAUGGUAACCCGGCAGAUCAGCAUCGAAGCGCAGGACUCCAUCCACCGGUGGCAGCGCCGGCGCACCAUCCACCACAACCAACACAGCCGGCGCCGCUCCCAGGACAUCUUCUACGUCUCCUUCCAAGAGCCCUUCGCGAACCAGAAGGCCAUCCCCGUCCCCGCCCACAUGACAGCGGCCUCAGUGUGCGUGAUAUGCAGCAAGAAAUAUGGCGUCUCCAACCCGGAGGCCUAUGGUCUCUUCCUGGUGACGGACAGCACCUCCCGCCUCCUGGCGGGGGACAGCCGCCCCCAGCAGAUCCGCUCGGCGUCCCUCAAAUCCCACUGCGGCUCCAGCUGCUUCGUUUACAAGCUGAAGGGAGAGGAGUCGGAAGCCCCGUUGGAGGGCGACGGCCCAACUCCUGCUCAGGAACCCAUGUAAGGCUGGUAGAGAGACAGUGCAAUCAGAGGCUGCCUGGAUGGGAGCGUACAGUCCGUGCAUCCAAAGUCCAGCGACCUCGGGACUGAGGCCGGACUCUCCCCAGAGCCUCCCGGGUCCUAAUAUCUCGGGACGCCUGGGGAAAAAACAAACUCAAACUUCCCAAGGGUCGGAGCACACAGGCGCUGGAGCGGCCAGCGGAAAGUGUAGAAGCCCCAUUGACUUAUAACUGGAGGGGACAAUCCUACCGUGGCUGGGGCGUCCCCAUCUUUGCAGGGCACAGCUCGGGGGAGUAGGUGUCCCAAGCCGGGGCGGCUUUUCCUUCCCUUGGAACUCUCCGAGCCUUGGGGCCGUGUUGGUCAGUUUGGCUCCCAGCUGCAGCCCGGGGCCGGGGUGUGGGUGGCUCGGGACGCUGCGGUCCGGAGCGCAGGAACCAUGCAGCUCUAGCCGGCUGCCUGAGCGGGGGCGGGGUGGUCCUGUGCCAUACACGUUUGGGAGACUGCAGCCCAGUGGGAAAGGGUCAGAAGAGCUGCCGCUUUGCGGGCAAACUCAGCCGGGAGGCAGGGGGAAAAUCAAUCCAAUAUCCUCUCUGGGGCAGGGCUGGCAUAUAUCGCCCAAGGGGCAUGGCGGGAGGGGGGGGAGGGGAGAGGCAGCUUGCCCUGAAUCACCUUCCCUCCCAAGGGCUACACCAGACGCCCCCCCCCCCCCCCCAUAUCCAGAGGAAUGUAACUAACCAGCCCGUUAGUUCCCCUCACAAUCUGAGCUGGUUCCAAUAACGUGCGGUGAGUUUUACCACUUCUCUCUAGGACCAGGAACCCAGCUCGUGGGAAUCCCUGUUUAAAGGGGAAGUGACCUUAAACUCCUGAACGUUCUGCCUAGUCAGGGGCUAUAUAUUUAUAUGACCUUCUCCCCUGUAAAGGGAGGGCUAUAAAAAGGACUUUGGCCCG